GAAGUGAAAAGGGCUUUGAAAUGCUCCACCGCUAAUUGUAUUUGCUUUCUUCUUUUUGUUUAGUCUUUAUCAAAAAUCUUUUGAGGCCAUUUUAGGAUCUCUAGACAUGGAAAAACUAGCCAAAGUUGAAAGCUUUUCUUCACUGGUUUUGUCAAAACCUUCGUUGUCUUUUGUUGCAGCUGUCUUUCUUCUUCCUUCUUUAGUCUUCACUUAUCUGCCAGGCUCUGGCUUUUCUCAUUUUGUAGUCACAGUCACAAUCCCAAUCCUGAUUCUCUCAACUUCUAUCCUUGUCACAUUCACCAAGAAGAAAAAGGAGAUAACCCUUUUGGAGAAUCAAGUUCAAGAUGGAAAAUCCAGAUGGGAUUUAGCAGGAGACCUUGCUGAGAAAAAGGCUGAGAGGAAACAACAAGAAGAAAUACAAAAUGUUGCAGAAGAAAAAGCUGCAAAAGAAAGGGAAGUUGUUGGCCUUACUCGUGAGCCUGCUGGGAUUCUGAUGAAUUCAAGAGAUUCAGUCUCAGAAGGUGAUGAAGAUGAAGAUGAAGAUGGGCUCAUUGAAAUUACCAUUCCAAACUCAAAACCUUCUGAAUUCUUGCCUCAAUCCAUCUUCUAUCAACAAGGACUAAUGGAGCUUUUGGCAGACAUCAAUGGGGUCAAUGAAGAAGAAGAAAACUUGAUAGAAAUUGACAUUUCCAUGGGCUCCAUCAAGUAUUCAAGGUUUGAAAUUGAAGCAUAAAAUCCCCACUCAGAUUUUGUUUGUAUUGUUUUGUAGCAUUUUGUGUGCUUUGUUUUAGAUUCCUUUGUUUCUAAAGUUCACACUAGAUUUUGUCACAAAGAGCACUUUGUGACCAGUUUUCAUUAUUCAAGUGAAUGGCUCUACCCCUGAUAUGGCAUACCGUUAACACCAUGGGCUGCAAACGAGUUGGGUUGACUCAACCAUUAUCGAAUAGAGUUUGAGUUUGAGAGGCUUGA